GCGAUUUAAUUAAAUAGAGAAGGACUACACUUUGCAAAUUAUUUAUUUGCAAACGUAGCAGUCAGAAUUGCUCAGUUUAAAUGCGGUAGAUAACAUUUGGCAUAAAAUAGUAUUUUGACAUGUCUAAAAUAUCUAAAGACUGUGGGGAUAUGCCCUACAUGUUUGGAGAUCGAAAGAAAUAUUUGUCAAGAAUAACGAAAACCCUUUAUUAUGGAAAACUUCCCAAAACUGAUUGCCUAAGUCUACCUGUUACAGAACUGGCUGCCGAAAUAUUUUCUGAAGCAAAAAGAGGCAAAUCUUUGGAGAGACUACACUGUUACAAAGCUGCACAAAUUUCAAGAAAUGCUUGUGUCGCUCCAUGCUCUCUAGUGUUAGCCCUUCUUUAUUUGGAAAGACUGAAAACAUAUAAUGCACAGUACCUGGAAAAAGUUGCACCUUCAGAUUUGUUUCUUGUAUCAUUGAUGGUUUCUUGUAAAUUCUUAUUUGAUGAUGGAGAAGGAGAUGAUGUUUUUGUAGACGAAUGGGCUGCAUCUGGAGAUGUUUCUAUUAAAAAAUUGGUUCAGCUCGAAAAGGAUUUCUUAAAUGCUAUGAAUUGGGAAAUUUUCGUAAAUGAAUCAAAGUUUUAUGAGAAGCUCAAAGACAUAGAAAAUAUGUUAGCAAUACAACAGGGUAAUGCUCGAGGCCACUUUACUUAUACAGAACUCCAUACCUUAUCAUCAUUAGUAGAAAUACAAAAGAUAGUGAACUGCAUAGUUGCUGUGGGUGCUAUAUUGGCUGUAACAUAUCUAGCUGGAUUCCUAACUAUCCUAGGAUCUGUUCAUAUGACAAGCAAAGUACCUGGAACUGUUUUAUACCAGAAAAAGAUAGAAGAAAAAACAGAGACUGUAGUACCUUUCACAGAUGACAUUGUUGAAAACUGGACCGAUUUUAACUUAAAGACUGAUCUUGAUAAUAAACUGAGAACCCCAGUAGUGGUAGAUAUGUUGAAAACUAGCAUAUUACUAGCUUCUAUAAAAACCAACUCCACCUCAUUCGAAACUACCAACAACUUUGAGAAUAUUUCUUGGGACUACUGGAACAAUCCGGUAAUGGACUGGUUGGCUAAGUCUUCACAGAUAAUCUCCUCUUAUGCUGAUGAACUACAGUUGAACCAUUUACCUUAUUACCUGGAGACUGCUGCGAGUAAUAUGAAGCAUAUCGAAAGAGAAGACCAGAUUCAUAAGGCUACCAAAACAAGGAUUCAAGAUCAAAUGGAGUCUUCCUGGCACACUGAAUGGAUAGAGUCUAUAAAACUUGGGGUUUAUACAGAAACCGUUUCUUUUGGCUCAUAAAUGAGUAAAAAUUGGUGAAUUCAUGAACAGUUACAUAGUUUCUCUACAAUUAAAUUAUUGUUUAAGGAUAUUUACAUAUUUUGUUAGUUCUUUUUGGGUACCAUCGGGCUUGUUCAUGACAAUUGUGCUUCAUAAGCAGGAAAUUCUAUUUUUCCCAUUUGUGCUCCAUCUAGAGCUAUUUUAAUGUUUUCUUUCCCCAGGACCUCUAUAUGUACGUUUUGUCAUUCCUACAUGUGAGCUUAAGCUGUCGAUAAUAAUCUAAUCUUCUGCCCUAGUGGGCAUUCUAUUCAUGUAAGUCUUGUAUUAAAAGAUAGUUGCUGUAACAGAUUUUCAUUUAAAAUUCAUGACAGCUAGUAGUACUAUUACAACAGAUCUGAUACAAACAAACAGCAAUGUUAAUUUAGAAUCAUGGACAGAGCCUUAAUCAAUAGAGAAAGCUUCACAAUAUCCACUUUAUAUAACUUUCAUGAAUUCACUAUGUAACGAUAUAUUUUGGUUUUGAGUUUUCGAAAUCAUCGAAUCUAAAAAAGCAAAAUGCCAAACUUUCUGAUUAUUUUCUGAAAAUUUUUAGUUUUUGGUUUAUAUAUGAAUAUAGCAACAUUUUUUGUUUACGACUUUCUUGAUGUAAAAUGUUGUGCUCAACCCAGUUAAAUUUAUUUCUUAGUAUAUACCCCUGGAAAAAAUCAAACUGUCAACAAAACUUUUUAUCAAAUUAUAUUUUUGCAGACUAUUAUCUGAAUAUAGAAUAUCAAUUAAUUUCAACUAAGAUUUGAAAAAUUAGAAUAGCAUUUUUGGCAAAAUCC